ACGGAGGCUCAUGAGGCGUGGGGGCGGGGCCUGCGUCGAGGGCGGGGCCUGCUGCGUCCGGUAUCCUAGCAACGGUCCUAGAGGGCUGUUGAGCCGCCUGGACCCCGCGGCUCCUGAAAUGGAGCCAGAAGUGUGGGGCGCGAGCAAGCCCUUUACCAUGGAAGGCGACCCCCUGACUCCAGACCUGGACCUGUGCGAUGCCGACCUCCACGACGUCCCGGACCCGGGCCUGCUCAACGAAGAGGACGAGUCAUCGUUUAAGGAGGCGGCCCCACGGCUUUUUACCAGCAACUCUCGGUGGCAGAAUGUGACCCCGAGCGCCCGUGCCCGCCAGCUGUGGCUGCUCCUGCGCACAGGCCUCCAGACUUUGGUGGAAAAGGAAAAGAGAGCCGAGCUGCACGUGGCGCGCUUGACGCACGGGCUAGAGCUGCUGCGUCGCCUGGAGGUGGCAGCCGGGCUGUGUUCGGUGGCACAGGACCCCAUGGGCAGACGCUUCGUGGUGCUGGACGGUGCCGGCCGCCUGCACCUGCGCAGAGAGGAUGGCUGGGCACAAGAGAAGCUGCUAGCUCCGGUCGCGCUUACAGGGCUGGUGGCAGUGCCGGGCGAGCUGGGCACUGUGGGCCGCUUUGUGGGCUGGGGCCCAGCGGGGUUGGCCAUAUUAAGGUCCGACCUCAGCCUGCUGUGGCAGAGUAAGCCAGUGGAGCGCAGGGUGCCGGGCCGCGAGCCAGUCUGCUGCCUGCCGGUGCCCGACGCCGGGCUGCUGCUGGUGGCGGAGGCGGGCAGAAGCCUGGUGCUCUGGAAGUUCCGUGCAGGGGGUCGCUGCCUGGUUCCCCGUGGGUCCCCUCUGUGGCUGCCGCCAAACCUCUCGGGUGCGCUUGCGCGUCUGGCUCUCGGGCCUCAGCAUCCCCCUCACGUCCCACGCUGCUGCGCAGCCUACGGCUCAGCCGUGCUCACCUUUGAUCUGCACACCUGGGCUGUCACAGAUGUGCGUCGGGAUCUGCACAAAACCACUAUCUCCGACCUGGUGUACUGUAGAGAGGUGGGGGCCAUGGUGACAGCUUCCCGGGACAGCACGGUGAAGGUGUGGGAGGCUGACUGGCAGAUCCGGAUGGUGUUCGUGGGACACACAGGCCCGGUGACUGCGGUGGCCGUGCUCCCGAACACGGCCCUUGUGCUGUCGGCUUCUCAAGACGGGACGCUGCGCACGUGGGACCUGCAGGCAGCGGCGCAGGUGGGUGAGGUGGCGCCGAGCCGCCGGAGCCCGAGCGUGCCGUCGGAGACCGUGAGGCAUCUGCUGGCUCCCGCCGGCCCCGGCUGGCCCUUGCUCGCCUUGCGCGCCCGCAGCGUGGAGCUGUGGCGCGUGCGGGAACUCUACUCGCCAUUGGCCCAGCUGUCGGCGCCGGUGCUCCACCUGCAGGUGGCGCCGGCGCUGCCCUCGCCCAUGGCCCCGCAAGCGCAGCUGCCCACGCGCCUCGUGUGCGCCUGCGCCGACGGCUCGGUCUACCUGGUGUCGGUCUCCAGCGGACGCACCGUGAGCGCGCUUCUGCUGGAGCCUGAGGACUGCGCGGCCGCCGUGGCCUACUGCCUGCCCCGCGAGGUGCUGUGGCUGAUGACGCGCGCCGGGCACCUGCUGUGUGCCAACGCAGCACGCUGCCCCAUGCGCGUGCUGCACCGCCUGUGCCCGCCGCCGCCCCCGGCGCCCCGGCCUUGCUGCCUGCAUCUCUACAGCCAUCUCACGGACCCCGGGAGCGCGUUUGCCGCCUGGGAGAUAGUGCGCCAGUACAAGGGCGAGCUGUGCCGCAGUGACGUGGCCGGGGCCUGGAAGGACAAGAACCGGUACCUGCUCGUGGUGGGGCACACUGAUGGCACCCUGUCCGUACUUGAGUUGCGCUCCUCGAAGACGGUCUUCCGUACGGAGGCGCACGGCCCAGGCCCCGUCACCGCCAUUGCGUCCACCUGGAACAGCAUCGUGUCCUCCGGGGGAGACUUGACCGUGAAGAUGUGGCGCGUCUUCCCGUAUGCCGAGGAGAGCCUGAGCCUCCUACGCACCUUCUCCUGCUGCCGCCCGGCGCUGGUGCUCUGCGCCCUCGGGAAUCGCAUCACCGUGGGCUUCGAGGACCUGAACAGCGCCACCUAUGGCUUGGUGCAGUUUGGCCUGGGCAACAGCCCUCGCUUUGAUCACCGGCCCCAGGACGACCCCACGGACCACAUCACCGGCCUGUGCUGCUGUCCCACACUCAAGCUGUACGCCUGCUCCAGCCUGGACGGCACCAUCCGCAUCUGGACCGCGGAGAACCGCCUGCUGCGGUGGGCUGGGGGUGGGAGAGGGUUGGGGGCUUGCCUCUGCUGCUGCCUCCGUGUUCUGUUCCAAGGAGCAGGGCCACACUGUCGGUCUGAACAACCCUCCAGGCUCCUGCAGCUGAACGGUGCCCCUCAGGCCCUGAGCUUCUGCAGUAACAGUGGGGACCUGGUGCUGGCCCUGGGCUCCUGCCUCUGCCUGGUGGCCCACAGGCUCUACCUGCCCACAUCUUACCUGAUUAAGAAGCUGUGCCAGGAUGUCCCUGAUGUGGUGGAUGACCCUCCACUGCCGCUGACCAGCCAGGAGUCGCUGACCUCAGCCCAGCUGCAGAGGCUCGCCAGCCUGCGCGGGGUGGCCAGCCUCAGGUCUGCCGGCAGGCCCAACCGAGCCGUCCCGGAGGCCCCGACCUGGCUCCCCUGGGUCAGGGCCUGGCCGAGUGCUCCCAACCUGAGACCCCAGGGCUCCCAGGCCCCUUGGCCACCCACCGCAAGCUCGUCCCAGUGCCGGCCUUCCCACUCCUGGCUGUUUGUGGUUCCCCGCCAGGGGCCUGGCCACCACCCCUGGGUCCCUGCCCAGCCUCUGCCCUAUCCCACUGGUAUGCCACCCAGUGUCCCACCUGUGUCCUUCCCCGUCUGCAGCGCAGCCUCGUCUUUCAUCCACUGCCCGACGGCCACGCCUCAGCAGCCAGUGUUGGAGAAGGACUUGGAAGCCUUCAUUGCCCGGGACCAAGACCUUCAGCAGCUGAAACUGGGGCUGGUGGGCCCUGCAGCCCGGCCCUCACCCUCCUGGCAGCAGUGCCAGGAGGCCUUUGAUAACUACCUCCGUCUGAUUUAUGGCCCUGGUCUGCUGGUGAGUGUGGGGCCUCCCCAGUCCCUCCCUUCACCCGGAGCCUCUGACACUGCCCGUCUGCCCUGCCCUCCCUGCCAGGGCAGGUAUUCCGGAGGAGAGUCCCAGCAGUGGAGCACCGUGACCCUCACAGUGGAGAGACAGACCUGGGACGUGUGCGCCCUGCCCAGAGACGUCCCCGAUCUCGGGGGCGUUGAAGCCUCGCCACCACAGGAUCUUGGGACCCUGGGCCAGCGCUUUGCCCGACCACCCCAAGUCCCCUUGCCUCCCCCCACCACCCACCGGAGGUUGCACAGCAGAGCACCCCAGCUGCUGGCCCGCUCCUCCCCGAGCCACGAACUGGGCCUUAGUCUGCAACUGCAGCUGCAGUUGGAGCAGCUCCACGGGGAGAAGCCUGUGGCCCCGGAUCCACUGUCCUCCCACCUGCAGCACAGGAUCCCCCUGCUGCUGAAGAGGCGGCCCCAGGAGCAUCUCUCCAACCCCAGGGGCUUCUUCCCUGCCGCUGUUCAGCCCUAUGAGUACUGGCGGCGGCCCAUCCGCUUCCCGGGCUGCGUGCCCAACUCGGUGGUGCUGCAGCAGAUGUGGCUGCCUGUGGAGGUCAGCGGCCUCGGAGCCCUGGGCCCGCGCCGCUGCGAGAGCAAGGCAAGGGGCGGGGCGAGGCGGGGCGGGGUCUGCAGGGGGCGGGGCCGGAUCCCUGCCGCGCCCGUGGCCACGCCUCGCUCUCCACUUCGCAGCCUGGAGGGAGCCGGGACGACCCGUGGCUGCUGCGGCAGGAGAAGCUGCCAGUUGUUGGGAGGGGAGGGGGAGGAGGAGGGCGAGCAGGGUCUGGACUGGGCCUCGGACUCGCAGCGCCGCCACACGCAGCUCUCCGACCAGCUGCCGGAGCAGGAAGCUCAGAGCCCCGAGGGUCGCAUCCCGAAGCCCAUGGGCUCCCGCGAGGACACCGCCAGGGCCGAGACCUGUCUUCACUGCCCCCAGUUCCACUACGGGCACUCGCUCUGGGAAGAGCGCUGCGGGCAUCUGCCUAGGUUCCUGCUUUUUUUCGUCGGCCAGAACUGGUUCAAAAAGCUCUUCCCCAUCUUCACUCUGCAGGCGUACCCCGAGGUGGGCACGGUGGAGGGCCUGGCCUCGCUGUUCAUGGACCUGCUGGACGAGGCCUCUUGGGCAGACCGUGUGCACAUCCUGCACGCGCUGCUGAGGCUGCUGCCCGACGUCAGCAGAGACCUCUGUAGCCGGCUGCACGGCAUCCUCGUGCGCUUGCUCAACCUGGACCAGCCCCCCAGCCUCCAGGACAGGAUGCAGAAGCAGUUUGUGAUGCUGGCGCUGCAGCUGCUCCGGGCCUGCUCCCUGGAGUCCCGCGAGGUGGUGCUGGAGCUCCUGUGCUACGUCCUUUACUCGCCAGCCUCCUGCUGGCCGGACCUCAGGAAGCUGCUGGAAGGACUCGGCCUUCAGGACCCGCACGGCCUCCUGUUCAAGGAGAUGAUGACCUGGGUCCAGGGCCCGGAGCGCGCCUCCAAGGCCGCACUGCGCAAGCGCUGCUGCCAGAAGCUGGAGGAGAUGGUCGGGCAGCUGAAGGAGACCCUGUCGCAGAUUUCCAUGGUCUCUGGGGCAACUGUUCAUAUCUCUGUGAUGCCCUCAAGCGUCUCCCGGACGCCCUCACCGGUGGUCUCACCCGGAGAGCCGGACUUGGCCGCCCUGGAGUUGCAGGCCCAGCAGACGCUUGCACAGAUGCGCUUUGGGCGGACCCAACGUGCACUGUCUGGGACACUGACGCACUUCUGCCCCUUGCCUGAGGCCCACUUGGGAUCCUCCGCGCCAGCUGCACUGCCUGAUGAGCCACUGCCUCUGGAGCAGACGACCCGGUCACAGUCAAAAAUGCUGGACCUGGGGCCCAUCAACGCACUCAACUUCUUCUGCGAGCAGCAUGGGGCUCCGCAGCAGGACCCCCUGCAGGAGGAGCCCAAGACCCCGCCCCCUCGCCCGCCCCCACGGACGCCCAGCAUGGUGGUGCCACAGCCCCGGGAACCCCAGCACUACUCCAUCCUCCGGCUUCAGGAGGCCAAGGUCCAGAGGUCUCCAAUGAAACUGAGGGGCCGAAUGCUGUCCCGGCUCUGGGCGGGCCGCACCCUGGAUGGUGCCGUCCGGAUGCUGAAGCUGCCACUGCCCCGGGUGGAACUGCAGCCUUUCCCCCCAGACUGGCCCAGGCCGGCCCAUCCGCUGCCCCCGCAGCUCCUGCAGCCUGCCCUGCAACGCUACUUUCUGCCAGAUGACACGGACCCUGACAGAUACAGCUGAGCUGGCUGGUGACCCUGGCCUGACCUUGCCUCUCCCUUUUCCCUCCAGCAUGGAGUCAGGACAUGGCUCUCCAGCCGGCUGUUCACCCCAGCCAAGGCCCAGGGCCCGAAUAAAGUCCAGAGGCCACGGCCAGCUCACUUUCACCUUUGGGGGCCCCUGAUGUGGGCGAGGGGGGGGUCUGGCUGGUGUGUCACGAACCUGCUGGUGGCCAGCUGCAUGUGUGAGGCAGGAGCUGGGGGACUGGUGGGGUCUGGGAUGGGACAGGGUCUGGGCUCGGGUCAGCACGUGGUAGAGCAGCGUUCUCGGUGCGGGAGGGCCUGUCUGCCCAGAGAGGGAACCUACCGCACGGGCGUGGCCCUGCUCAGGCACUCAGCCACGGUGCUCAGGAGGGGAGGGGGAGACUAACGGGUGGGCCGGGGAGAGGGGAGGGUCUGGGUGGUCGCAGGUGUGUGGGGAGGAGCUUGCAGUCAUUUGAUGCAGGUGAAACCAGGAGUCGGUCGGAGCUUUGCUACCUUUAGGCUGGAAAGGAGAAAAAUUAAUGAAGAGGCCCCGUCUGCUUUAUCCGAGAAGCAGUAAAGGGGCAGUGUUCUCUGGACCUUUCAACCUAAAAGUCACCAGGAGAUUCACCUUGUCUGUGAAGCACGGGGUCUCGGGGCCUCGGCCUUCUUCUGAACUGCCGUGACCUCAAAGGGCACUGACCCAACCACACGUGGAGCCCACGUGCGCACUUACUAGGACGGCUUUUGUGACGGGCCUGUUCUAGCUUUCUGUAUCCUGCUGCUGGGUUGCCUGAGCAGCGAUCUCUUUCCUGUAUUUUCAGCCUCUGACUUUACACAUUUCUGCUCAAUGGCUUUGUGGUUAAAAUUGGUCUCCCACACCUUUCCCACAGCCCCUAACCUGCGCAGGGGCUCUUGUCACAGGGCUGCUGAGUGGGCCGCUCUUUCCUAGGCCAAGGAGGGCCAGCAGUGCCAGGUCCAGAUAACUGAAAAACUUGACGUUUUUAUAAAAGGAACUGUACCUGCUACAACAAGGACUGAGGCCCGUAGUAGUCUGCAUCUACUGGUGUUUCUAUGUUUCGAAUUACAGAAGCAAUAAAUGCUUUAAAAAAUACAGACACGGGAAUUCCCUGGCAGUCCAGUGGUUAGGACUCUGCGCUUUUACUGCCGAGGACUCAGGUUCGAUCCCUGGCUGGGGAACUAAGAUUCCGCAAGCCACGCGGUGCAGCCAAAAAAAACCACCAACAUACAAACGUGAGAAAGUAGGGCAAGAGUUUAAACAGGUCCAAAUCCCCGCUAAUCGUGAAGGAAAACACUAAUAUAUUUAUUAAUAUGUAUUAAUAUAUAACUUUUAAAAUUAGGAAAUAUAUUAAUGAAAAUAUACCAUUAAGAGAGUAAAAAGUCAGGCCACAGAGUGGGAGAACAUAUUUGAAAUACAUGUAACUAAAAAUGGCUUGUCUCCAAAAUAUAUAAAGAAGUUCUACAAAUUAAUAAAAAAAAAUCACACAACCCAAUUAAAUGUACAAAAAGCUAGAAUGGGCUUUCCACCAUAGAUGUUAAAAUACCAAAUAUAUAUAUAGCAAACAUAAAUACAUAUUUUUUUCCACUUCCUGACUGUGUGACGUUAAACAAGUUACCUGUGUUCUCUAAGCCUCAGUUUCCAAUCUAUGAAAUGUGGAUAAUAAUGCUAUGACACCUCACAGGACUGCUGUGAGGAUUAAAUGAAUUGUUAUAUGUAAAGAACUUAGGAACAGUGCUGAGCACAGCGUAGGUAGAUAGAAAACAAAGCCGGAACCCUUCCUCACAUCAUUUAUGAGAGUAAUUUUCAGAUGAAGAUUGUAAUGUAGAAAAUAAAACUAUAAAUAUAUCAGAAGGUAAUUUAGAAAAAUAAUUAACUUAGAACACUCAGAAAAGACAGAUAUAUUUGCUGAUUAAAAAAAAAAGUUAUGGCAAAGACAAAACUCAAAGCAGAUCAUACAUGUAAAUGUAAAAUUAUAAAAAUUUAGCCUUAGAAAACAGGCAAAAGAAACAAAACAGACAUUUCACCCAAGAGAAGAUGAAGAUGGCAAACGAGCACAUGAGAAGAUGCUCCACACACCAUCCAUUAGGGAAGUGUAAAUUAAGAAUGGCUCAGAUUUAAAAAGGGACGCCACCAGAUGCUGGAGAUGUGGAGCAGCUGGAUCUGUGUACGAUGCUGGCGGGAAUGUAAAAUGGUCCAGACGCUGGAAAGCAGUUUGGCAACUUCUUGAAAAGCAGGACUCAGCAAUCAUACUGCUGGGCAUUUAUCCCAGAGAAAUGAGGACUUACGUCCACACGAACCAUACUAUGCACCACUGUUUACAGCAGCUUUAUUUGUAACAGCCCCAAACUGGCGAUGACACAAAGGUCCUCAACAGGUGAAUGGCUGGCCAAUCUGUGGCACAUCCACACCAUGGAAUACUUCUCAGCAAUAAAAAUAAAUUAUUAACGCAACAACCUGGAUGAAUCUCCAGAUAAUUACGCUGAGUGAAAAAAGCCAAUCUCAAAACAUUCCAUUUAGAUAACGUUCCUGAGAUGACAAAAUUAUAGAGGUGAAGAACAGACUAGUGGUUGCCUGGGGUUAAGGACGGGCAGGAGAGGGCAGAGCAGGAGGGAGAUCUCUGUGGUGAUGAAGCUAUUCUCUAUUUUGACUGUGAUAUUGGUUACACGAAUCUACACAAGGGAUAAAGAGGCAUGGAAGGACUUCCCUGGUGGUCCAGUGGUAAAGAAUCCGCCUUACAAUGCGGGGAACGU